AUGGUUCAUAACGUUUUAUUUGAUCCUCCUCUACCUGAUGGUCAAAGAAUUAAUGUUGGUAAUAAUACAAUAAUUGAAAAUCUUUAUAGUAUUUAUAAUCUUGCUAUAUUCAAAAACAUUUUCCGAACUUAUUUAACAUUUUUAUUAAUCCAAUAUAUUCUUAUUUAUAUUUGUGUUCCAUUAGAUGAUAUUGAAAAUCGUCCUCCAAUUUGUAUUAUUUCAACAGCUUAUACCUUAAUUAUGUUUGUUAUUAAUGCUCUGGUUUUACCAUUAUGUUCAGGUACUAUACCAACAAUACUUUCUUUAAGAUGUUUAUUCAGUUCAUUUAUAUUGGAAUUUAUUUCAUUAAUAUUAAAUAUAAUUGCUGUUAUUCAAAGUAUUCAAAUUGGUCCUAUGUAUGAAAUUGAACGUGAACGAGGGAAAGUAAUAACUAAAACAAGAGUUGAUAAAUAUAUUAUUUUUUUCCAAAUUAUUUCCAUGGUGUUUUCAUUAUUAUCAACAAUUUGUGUUUUUAUUUUAAUGAUAAUUUGUGAAAAGGCAUUAGAAUAUAUUGGUAAUAAAGUUGAUAGAAGAGUACUUAAACGGAAUAAAAAAAUUCGUAUUGGUACUGAAUCAAUAGAUGAUUAUCGUUAUAGAUUAGAUAGAUAUUACUCUGUUUAA